GGAAAGGGGAAGUGACAUCGCCCUAACACAGGAAGCAGACGCAGCAUCUCUGUACUAAAGCUCGACUUCAGACACUAAAGAGUCAGAAGAAGAAGAAGAGAGGCAGAAUCACGAUGGCUGACUUCAGAUGGAUUCAAGUUUCUCUGUUUGUUAUCGCGCUGCUUCAGUUUCCAGAAGCUGAAGGAUUUCCCCUAUUCACUGUCAGAGCUGGACAGGAAGUCACUUUGCCUUGUGUAAAUGUGAUAGACGGUCAGCAAAACUGUGACAGUACAACAUGGGUAUUCAUAAAUCAGAGAGCAGAAGUAGAGCUGAUUAAACUUGGACAGAUUGUUGAGAACUCUAAAUCAGACAGACUGAGUGUUACACAGAACUGUUCUCUGGUCAUAAAGAAGCUCACACAUGAAGAUGGUGGAGUUUACGACUGUCACCAAUACAAAUCAGGAGAAAUACAUUCAUGGUAUGAUGUUGAUCUGUUUGUUGUUACCAUGACUGAACACAAGAUCAAUGAUCAGGUGGUGUUAAACUGCUCUGGGUGGACAUAUUAUGAACUAUGGUGUGUACAGACAGUGAAGUGGCUGUUUGAGGGUAAAGAUGUGGAUGAAGAUCACAAAGAUCUGCAGACAUCACAGUCUGACUGCUCUGCCUCUGUGACCUUUACGACUUCUCAUUUCAUUCACACAUCAAACUCUGACUUACUGACGUGUGAAGUGACUCAUGGUGACAAAGUGCAGCUGUUUCCCUUCAGACUUCAGCCCUCAGGUGACACGGCAACAAAACCAAGACCAGAACCCACAACCAAACCACCAACAGCAACAGCGGCUGAUGAUGAAGAUGAUGGUGCAGUGAACUACGAGAACGUCACAUCUUCUGUUUGA